CUUCUAAGCACGAGUCCUCGCAUUCUCGCAUAACCACCGGCCGGCUAGGAAGUUCGAAUAGAGUUUAAUCCUGGUCGGAUCGUAUUCGUAAAUUUUGGAACAGGUACCGGAGCCGUGCAUGCGACGGGGAGUACCUUCAUCCCUGUCUGCUACGAGCUCCCCUGUCCUCAAUGCGUCCUAGGAAUGAACCAUCACAGGUUUACAGCACGACUCGACUUUGGAGUUUGCGGAACUUGGGCUAAAAUAUCAUCCGAUGGCUCCGAGAUUAACUCAAAACGCCUUGGCUGAAAGCUUCACAGCGAUAUUCAUUUGAGCUCCGAGAUUAACUCAAAAUACCUUGGCUGAAAGCUUCACAGCGAUAUUCAUUUGAGAUUACCAGCUAUAGUCCCACAAAUUCCCUCUUCAAGCGCGGCAAAGCAGGGCUGGUGUGCUUGAUUUCUUGAGACUCCCUUCCGUACAUAAGGGUGGCAUUGCUAAUAUUAUCAGAGCUGUCUACGCAUUAUCACUCAGCUCCUGUUCCCAUCGGCUUACAAGAAAUCAGGAAACAACAUCAAAUCGCCCCAGCAAGAACGUCAGUACAAGUGCAAACAUGGUCAGCAAUCGGUACGCUGCCGCUCACGCUAAUCCCAAGGGAGCUGGAGAUGCCCGACCAACCGCCGAUCAAAUAGUGGAAGACGAAGGCCUCGAAGGCAAACUUCUAGACAAAAUCAUCGUCAUCACAGGCUGCUCUUCAGGACUCGGGCUGGAAACAACACGCGCGCUCUUCAAAACUGGUGCACGACUCUUCCUAACAGCUCGGAACCUCGAAAAAGCACGAGAAGCCUUGAAAGAUGUAUCAGAAGACAAGCAACGAAUUCAGAUAUUUCAGCUUGACCAGACGAGCCUGGAUAGUGUUAGAAAAUGCGCCGGGGAGAUCAACAAAGCGGCAAACGGCAAGCUGAACAUCCUUAUCUGUAAUGCCGGAGUUUGGCGGCUGCCUGAAGGCCGAACGAAAGAUGGCUUCGAGACGCAAUGGGCCGUCAAUCACCUCAGUCAUUUUCUGCUCUUCCAGCUCCUCAAACCUUCCCUUCUCGCUGCAUCAACACCUGCAUUCAACUCGAGGGUUGUGGUAGUUGCAUCAAUGGAACACAGAGAAGCCAAGCAAAUCAACUGGGAGAACGUCAACCUUGAAGGACAAUACGACCGCAGCAGAGCCUACGCUCAAAGUAAACUCGCGAACAUCUAUAUGGCGAAUGAGAUCGAACGGAGGUAUGGCGGCAAUGGUCUCCAUGCUCUGGCAGUCCAUCCCGGUGGCGCGGCUACUGGAAUUCAAAAGAUGGAUUGGGCGAAUGUAUUGUUUGUGAUCAAGAAGAUGGUCUCACCUCGAGUUAGAACUGUAAUGAGGAUGGUUAAGAGCCCUGCUCAGGCUGCUGGGACGCAGGUUUGGGCAGCCAUUAGCCACGAGUUGGAGGGGGUGGGUGGAAAGUAUCUUGAGGACUGCCAAGAAAGUGAGCCGGUGAAGAAGGGGUAUCAUGGUGAUGAUGCGGGGUAUGAAUCGUUUACAUACAAUAAAGAAGCGGAAAAGAAAUGUUGGAUUAAGUCUUGUGAGCAAGUCGGGUUCACCGACAGCUAG